AUGACCGCCAGAACCAAACCAUCCAAGUACGCUGUCCAACUUCCAAGGGAGAUUGAAAAGAAGGAAAUCGAGGACUACGAUAGAACGCUUCUUUAUCGAUUAGGUGGUGAGGAUGCACUAGAGGCUGUAUUGGAAAUGUUUUUCAAAGGCCUUCUGCAAGAUGACCUCCUGAAGCCGUUCUUCCACAAUGCUAAUCCAGCACUCAUCAAGUAUCAUCAGAAAAAGUUUCUUGCACUUGCGUUCACAGAAAUUCCUGCCGACUUUGACGCAAAGGCAUACAUCAUCGAACGUCAUUUUCGUCUAUUCGCUAAUGGGCUCAACGAAACCCACUUUGAUAGAGUGGUCGUGCAUUUGGAGGCAGCUCUUUCUGGAAUGUGGGUAGACGCAGCGCUGAUUGCCGAAACCAAGGAACAUGUUGCCCCUCUACGAGCUAUCUUUGAAGAGUCGGGUCGAGAACACGUUACAGAAUACUUGAAAGAGGCAGUCGGAAGUGACCAUUUCAACAACAGAACGAUCGAGCCAAAAUCAAGACCUACCAAGAUUCCAAAAUUCUCCAUGUUUCGCUUUCCAAGAAAAGUCAAACAAAGCGCUUGA